AGCAGAGGGUCCGGGCCGUGACCGCAGGCUCAGCAUGUGCUGGAGCCUCGCCGCACUUUCCCAGCCCCCCUGCCAGGAUGGGGGGAGGGAGGGAAGGGAAGAGAGGCAGCGAACGGGACAGGGCGAUCCGCAUCCAGCAGCGCAACCAGCAGCCCGGGGCCGCGGCUUCCUGGAAGCGGAGCGGGGAGGUGGGGACAGGCAGCCGCGAUAAGGCGGCGGCUAUCGGGGCGCCAGCUGCGGAGCUGGGCAGCAGACGGCGCACGCCCGGCGGAAGGUGCGGAGCCCGGGUCCCUCCCGCGCUGAAGGCAGGAGGCCACAGACUUCCUGACCAGUCAUGUCAGUGAAAUUGACAUUUGUCUCUCCCAGCGACGGGGGUGGAAUCAGCAGGAGCUGUUCCUUUGCUGGAUUCAGCACGGUGCAAAGCAGAAAGUUAGCAAAGUCUCUCAGCAGGAAUUCAGUGAGGUCUAAAAUGUCUGUGAAAUCCUCCAAAAUGUAUCCCUCCCUGCAGAGAGGGGCUGUCAUCUGGGAUCCAAAACCACAGCAGGUGAAGAAAAUUUUUGAAGCUUUGAAGAAAGGACUUAAUGAAUACCUCCAAGUGCAUCAGGCUGAGUUGGAUUAUCUGUCUGCUCGACACAAAGAUACAAAAAGGAACUCGAGACUGGCUUUCUAUUAUGAUCUGGAUAAGCAAAUCCGCUCUGUUGAAAGGUAUAUCAGAAAACUGGAAUUUCAUAUAAGCAAGGUAGAAGAACUAUAUGAAACUUACUGCAUCCAGUGCAGGCUGCGAGAUGGGGCCUCUAAUAUGAAACAUGCCUUCUCCUUGACUCCCUCCACCAAAGCCUCCAGAGAGAGCCUGGUAGAACUUUAUAAGAACCUCCAAGAAUGCACAGAGGAUAUGUGUCUGAUUGAAGGGGCACUGGAGGUGCACUUGGGAGAAUUUCACUUGAAAAUGAAAGGGUUGGUGGGCUACGCACGUCUCUGCCCAGGGGACCAGUAUGAGGUGUUUGUGCGACUGGGACGCCAGAAGUGGAAGCUGAAGGGCAAGAUUGAGACGGAUGACAGCCAAACAUGGGAUGAGGAAGAGAAGGUUUUUAUACCCAACCUCCAUGAGAAGUUUGAAAUAAAGGUCACAGAGCUGCGGGGACUGACCACGAUUCUAGUUGGUAUGGUAACGUGUGACAGCAUCGACUUCUUUACAACCAGGCCUCAGGCGAUCAUUGUGGAUAUAACUGAGCUAGGCACCAUCAAGCUACAGCUGGAGGUCGUCUGGAACCCAUUUGACACAGAGAACCUGUUUUUGUCGCCUGGAACUUCUGCCAAGUUUUCUCUGGGUAGUAGGAAAAGCUCCUUAUACAACUGGACUCCGCCAAACACUCCUAGCUUCAGAGAGAAAUAUUAUCUCUCUGUUUUGCAGCAACGAAUGAACCAAGGUGGCAUAAACGAUGAGGCACGAGCCCCCUGCAUACUGAGCUACUUGGCUGACUGUGACUUCGAUGUACAUCUAAGGAAUGACAACCACAGCUCUGCAGAGACUGACUCAUUCAGCUCCCAGGAUCGGAAAGGAACAGAAACUAGAAAUGUGACUCCAGCUUCAGACCACAGGACCCUGCCAUUGGUUCUUGUACAGGACACCUGUGCCGAAGGAAGACAACACAAGUCUCCAAACCACACAACUCUAGAUAUCCUGAAAGAGACACCCUCCAUGGAUGGAGUUCCAAAUAGCCCACCCAGCCCAUGGGACAUUAGCAAAGAUGGCAGAGAUUCCAUCGGCCAGCACUGGAGUCACCAGCCUGUGGAACAAGAAAAUGUCCUGUCUGUUGAUCGGAAAAGCUGGAACACUGAAGAUGACAGAAAACCAGCCGGAAGCGCCAAAGCAGUUGAAAAACUCCUUCAAGAAGUGUUAAAUUUGCUGAAGUCACAGAAUCCAGGGCAAACCCAAUUGGAGGAAUUGGAGUACCAAAUUUUAUGCAUCAGGGACAAAUUAAAGCUGAAGACGUCUCAUCAGAAACAUUCCUCCAUGGAGAGUCUGAUGGUGGAGAUGGUGCUGGAAAGUUUUGACUUUUUAAAUACGGACUGCAGUGCUGAUGAGCUUUCCUUAUUUGGAAGCAUAAGGACAGACAGUACCAGCACUUACAAUGACAACAUACUGGGCUAUGACAGGAAAACAGAAACGAAAGAGUUAACCACAGGAAAUGAUGAUUUAGACAAACUUCUGAUAGUUCAUCUGCAGUUGUGCAAAGCUCUCUUGCAGAAACUGGUUUCGCCAAACAUAGCCCGAAUUGUCCAGGAGAGCCUUUUGGAAGAAGUGUCACGGCAGAAACAAGUGCUGGAAACUGUCUCAGAGCUCUGUGUUCUGGAAGUUGGGAGCUUCACCUCUGUUGAAGAGGUUAUUCAUAAGGUGAAAAAGCAGAAGCAGUGUCUGAAAAUCUGGAGUGAAUUCACAGACCCAGGAAAUAUCUUGUUCUGUUCAGCAGAAAAAUUCCAGAAUCCUCUGAAAUACAUAUUAAUGUUCAAAGUGAAGGAGAAAUAUCCAGGACAUCUAGAAGCAGUGCUGCGAAGGCUGCUGGAGCAAAUCGUCACAUGCAGCGGGUUACUCCCCUCUGGGAGUCCCCCUGAAGAACUGCUCACCUUAUUCCAGUUUCACAGCUACCUGGAGAAAGAGCGUGUUGCCAACCUGGAGAAGCACUUGGCAGAACUCAGCAAAGAAGUGACGCUAAUUGAGGAGCUACAGUGUCCAGGGCGACUUAAGAAAAUCAAGAAACUAAAAGGGAAGCGACUGAGCCAGCUCCAGCCUCUACCCCAAACUUUACGGCUGCUCGGGAUUCUGCAGCUCGAUGACAACCGCCACGUCAGCAAAGCAGCAACGUCCUGUCUCUCUCGGGCGGCAAUGAAUAAGAAUUUCAGGGAGAAGGCUCUGCUUUUUUACACGGAUAUUUUAGCUGAGUGUGAUGCAAAAAUACAGCAAGCGGCAUGUCUGGCUCUCAAAAACCUCAGAGCCAUAGAAAGCAUUGAGCAGAUUGCCCGCCUGUGUCAGUCUGAAACAGAGGACGUACGGAACGCUGCCAGGGAAACAACACUGUCAUUUGGUGAAAAAGGACGACUAGCCUUUGAAAAAAUGGACAGAGUUUGCUGUGAGUUGAGAGGCUCUGUAUAUCAAGAAGCUGAAAUUGAAAUCACAAUAUUUUAACUAAUGAAAUGCUGAAUCUGAGCUACAGCCCAGGUGGCUACAGGAGUUGGUUUCCAUUUACCCCUAGGUGGUUAAGUUAGCGCACGUAGGUAUCUAGCAGAAGAUUGAGUAGGUCCAUGUGGGACAGCUCUUCCAUUGGGGGGGUGUGGGGGGGUUAGGACUAAAAAAUCAUUCAGCAGUUGGAUCAGAAUGCUUGACACCGAGCUAAAAUCAUGAAGUAUCACUAGGUGGUGCUAGAGUAAAUCCAUCAGCCCCUCUCAGGCUGUCCUCACCAGGGAGCACAAUAAACCUUGAAACAACUCAGUCUGCAGUGCCCAAAACAGGAGGCAAAGGGUAAGUCUUGACAGGAGAUUUAGUAAUGGGUUUGUUUUCAUUAAGAAUCCUGACUCAACUUCACAAACUCAUUCUCUCCCUCUCCCCCCCCCCCCCCCCCUCCAAGCCCGAACAAAAAAACUCAACUCUUUGCAGUUGGUUUGGGGAUUCAUGCAUGGGAAGGGAGCAAAGGUAAAGUGUAGCCCUAUCUUACUGCAGAGAACAUGAGCAGAAAUAAAGCUUAGUGGGAAGAGGUGGAUGUUUCCUUUCUGCUUCACAUGUAGGAACUCUGAACUGAUGUCACUGGGCCUGCUUGUUAUCCUCCCAAAGUGUUCUCCCCUUUGUUUUGAAGUAGUUUGUGCUAAAGAAGGGUCAGCUCCUCACUUGGUAUGAAAGGAGCUGGUCCUAAAUGUAGUUUUCCUACAGCCCUUGGAGUUUUGAUUUUAUGAAUACAAGACAGUGUGGAUGUGGAGAGUGUCACUAAUGAGCCAGAAUACUUGUAUACAAUUAGUCAAUGUAUGCUAGAUCUGCAGAAAACUAGUACAAGCUAGCUCCAGUAUCAGCAGGUAUUGAAGUUAUAAACCAGCACUUGUUCUGUCAGAAGUCAUAGCAGCUGCCAUGCACUUUAAAACAUCAUUUCUAAGCUGGUCUGUGCUUUCUUGUAAAUUUGAGUAAGAGCUCAAAAGUUCAUUGGUUUCUGGAAGAACGUAAAAAUGUGCAGUAAACAAAUGGGGAUUUCAGUGCUUCAAGCAAGAGAUGGUUGAAAUUAAUUCUAAUCUGAAAACAGUGUAAGCGUAGAUAGAGGGAAACUAUUGAGGCAAUGUUUCUUCAGCCUGACUUGUUUACUUUAAUUCAGAACAUGCCUAUCCUUCACAUUUAUGGAGUAAGUGUACAAAACUGAGUUGUAUAUGGACAGAUCCAGGCGGAAGUGUCAAGUUUUUAAUUGGUUUCAGAGUAGCAGCCGUGUUAGUCUGUAUAGUUUUUAAUUUAUACACUUACUCAUUUAAUCUUAGCCUAAGGUUAAAAAAAAAGGUACCAGAAGUCAGGCUCCUUAAUCCAUACUUGGGCACCCAGAAGUGGCCUGAUUUUCAACAGAAACAGAUGAAUGCUCAGCUCUUGAGAAUAAGAUCACCCAAUCUGAGUAUUCAAAUAUGGGUUUAGGAACCUUACGUGAGGCACAAUACUUGAACAGUCUUGGUCUUUAUGUAUAUAUUAUACAGUAUAUUGUGCUUUGUACUUUUCUAUUCAGUAUUUAUUUCUAUGUUGGUUUACAUACAGUUUUCUAAAAUUUUAAAUAAAACAUUAAAUACUUGCCUUUUUGCAAA